AUGGCGGCUGCGGACAGAGCAAGGACUCUCCGCACACUAAUGCGCAUGCUCAGUGAUGCCUCAGAAGUGGUCAUCGAGGAAUGGGAAGCAGAGGAACAAACACCUACGGGACGCUCGGAACUUCCGUCGUCAGCCAUGUUCGAAGCCAGACGUAUUAUAUCGGGAGCUUGUGGGAUGUUCAUGGACAUCACCCAGCAACCAACAACCCGCCUCACCGAGGUUGCGAACUCGUUCUUCCUCUCUAGAGCCCUGCACAUUGCGGCCGAAGCCAAAAUCGCGGACGUUCUGGCAGAUAUUGACGAGAACGAAGGUCUACUGGUUGAUGCCAUAGCAGAGCAAGAAGGUGUGGACGCGCAGAAAUUGACUCGCGUCUUGAGAGCCCUUUGCACCAUCCAUAUCUUCCGCGAAAUCAAACCAUAUUACUUCGCAAAUAGUCCCACUAGCCGUGUUCUGAUUGGCGAUGAAUAUUUACGUUGCUGGCUGUUGCUACAUGCCAUGGAAGUCUACAGCGCCACUGAUAAAUUGUUCACAUUGCUCUUUGAUCCUGCGAAGACACAUUCCAAUAAUCCACGGGAAUCUGCUUGGCAGGAAGCAACUGGAAGUGAUCUCUUAACAUAUGAAUACUUGGAACAAAUUGUCGAGCGCCCCGAUGGUACAGUUGGUCCCAGACCGCAACUUGAUAUCUGGACGCAUGCCAUGGUCGGGGUUGGUCGUGCAUCUGCUACGGCUAUGUAUGCAGACUAUCCAUGGGAUUCCCUUGGAUCCAGCACCAUUGUCGAUGUAGGUGGAGGAAUAGAGUUAAUGAAUAGGCGGCACAUGCCUCGAUCUAUCGAGGAGGUUCUCGGAUCUGCGAUUCGUAGUCCAAGACAGACCGGAAACUAUCCGGCAAGGUGGAUGCACGAGUAUCCCGAUGCCGUGCAGUCUGGUCGCGUACGGCUCAUGGCACACGACUUCUUCGCUGAACAGCCCCUCCAAAAUGCUGAAGUGUACUUCUUGCGCUACGUUCUCCAUGAUUGGCCCGACGAUGAAUGCGUCGUGAUCUUGACGCAUCUACGCGAAGCAAUGAAACCGGACUCGGUUGUCUUGGUGGCAGACCAUGUCAUCCAUCCUACGCGCCCAUCAAUUCGAAAUACGCAUGACUUGGCCAUGAUGGCGAUACAUAAUGCCAUGGAGCGCACUCCGGAGAUGCUAGAGGCAGUGGCGACACGCGCGGGACUGAAGGUGACAAAGAUAUGGGAAUGCCGUGGAGCAUUGGAGUAA